UUAUCACAUUAUUCGGAAAACAUUCUUUAGUGACGGUUGCGCUUGUUGGCAAAUACGGUGUUAAUAAAUAUAAUUAAUCAACGCCAAAAUGAGAAUUACGCAAAUUUGUAUUUUGAUGUUUUUAUGCUUUACGGCGGUUUUACCCAAUACCAUACAAGUUUCAAAUCGAAGUGAGACGGACACACAACCCUUCAUAGAGAUCGGUGGGAACUAUUACUUGAUUAACACUGCUGUCAAGAUGAAUUGGUUUGCGGCUGCGCUCUAUUGUCGGAAUUUUGAUAGCGAUUUGGCCGUUAUCGAGUCGCAAGCGGAGAUGAACGCACUCAGUUUCUAUUUAACAACGAAUGAUGGUCAUAUUGGUAAAUACUUUUGGCUUGGCGUCAGCGAUUUGGCGGAUGAGGGCAAAUUUAUGUCGCACACCGACGGACGUCCAAUGCCCUAUGCUAAGUGGUCGGGCGGUCAACCGGAUGACGCUGGCAAAAAUGAGGAUUGCGUACAUCUUUGGGCCAUUAAUAAUGUAUUCCACAUGAAUGACAACGUGUGCACGGCGAUGGCUUAUGCCAUUUGUGAGUUGCGGCAACGGAGCAAGAGUUGUGACGUGUGUGAUUUGAAACAUUUUAUGGAAAGACUCGUACAAAGUACAAAUGCUUUCAAGUGUCAAAAUUAGUAAAAUGGAAGUUUUGAUAAAUCUGCGUUUAAAAUCGAUUACUUUGUAUUAAAUAUAUUAUUGAAAACAUAAGAA